UGCAGUGCAGUCCUGGGAUGAUGUAAUAUGUGUCUCUUUAUAACUCCUGUACACUUAAUACUGUAUGUUUUUCAUUCUGUGAAUAUAAACCGUGAAGCAUGGCUUUCUGAACGAUUGCACUGCUCAUGUUCUUGUGUAUUUAUUGUAUAUUUAUGUUCUGUUCUCUGAUCUCCAGUACGCAGUGUCUACCCUCUGGUUUUAGGGAAAACCAUGAACUCCGAUAAGCACUUUAUGGAUCGUCUCAGAUCCGAAGUGAAGCUACAUGAAGUGGACUCGCAGAAUGACUGUGAUGUCCUCAUUGCUUUCGUCCCGAUUGUGUCUCGAGCUGGAACGGACAUUCAAGCUGCUCUUGAAAGAAUUCCCACAGAACAUUCAUACAAGCGCGUCGUUCUGGUGUCUCUCCACCACACAUAUGAUCCUAAUCACAUCGCACCAGACAGCAGACACUCUGUUCACAGGAAUGACGUGUUUGCUGUGGACUGUCUCUAUCAUGAAGACAUGGGACUGCUGAACUCCCGAACCAAUGAUGAGGCACUGAAAAGAGUAAUAAAGCAUCUAGGAGGAGAAACACCAUAUAAGGCUGCGGACAAGACCGAACUGAUUCCUUGGUUAUGCGCCGUGCUGAGCAUCUUUCUUUUUUACUUUGUUCUGCCAGAAGGGUACAGCUUCUUCACCUUCUUAAUUUUGGAGAUAUCGCUGCUGAUUAUCAUAUCUGUGUCCCUGAGAUACUACAGCCUUUACAAGUGGACUCUUUGGAUUUUUAUUGGUAUAAACGCUGUCCUCAUACUUGUUAUUCAGAGUUCCACUAAGGAGUCUGUGCAUGAGUUGAAUGAUGCCACUGAACACAGUCAAAACAUGUGAUACGGAUAAUAUUGCUUUGCCUGAUAUCGUGGUAUGUGGUUUAGAAAACUUGUUAAUAUUAAAUAAACACUUCUCUGUUCAAUAAUAAACUAUAGGCAUGGGGGACAAAAAUGUGUUCAUUUGUGGUUUUGUUAAAAGUUAAUAAGUUAAAUUGGGGAGGGGGGGGGGAAGGUUCAUUCAGGAUUAAUAGAAAGAUUUGAUUUAAGAUUAAAUUAAAAAUAAACUAAAAUUAAAUGAAAUAAAUCAAAUGAGUAAAAUACACAGUACUGUGCAACAGUCUUAGGGACUCUGUUUGUUUAGCAUAAAUUUUGUUAUAGAUAUUUAUUUAAUGAAUUCUGCUUUAUCGAGUCAGUACAGAAACGUUUUAGAUCUCCAAACAUUACUUAUCCAAAAAUAUAAUGUUGCAGAAAAAUAUUUACGUUAGAAGAGAAAGCAACGUAUUACAUAAGAGACCACUUUUCAGA